AUGGCCGAGGCGUCUCGGUGGCACCGGGGAGGGACUUCAAAACCUAAGCUGCAUUACAGAAGGGAAGUAGAAAUUAGAACUACACCUCAGGAAUUGUUGCUGUACUUCAUUUUUUUAAUAAACCUAUGUAUAUUGACUUUCGGGAUGGUAAACCCACAUAUGUAUUACUUAAACAAAGUUAUGGCCUCUCUAUUUUUGGACACUUCUGUGCCUGAUGAGGAAAGAAUUAACUUUAAAUCUAUUCGAAGCAUAACUGAUUUUUGGAAGUUUAUGGAAGGACCACUUUUGGAAGGUUUGUACUGGGACUCAUGGUACAAUAAGCAGCAGUUGUACAAUUUGAAGAACACUAGUCGCAUCUACUAUGAGAAUGUUCUUCUGGGAGUCCCCAGAGUCCGGCAGCUGAAAGUCCGCAACAAUACAUGCAAGGUCUAUUCAUCCUUUCAAUCUUUGAUGAGUGAAUGUUAUGACAAAUACACUCCUGAAAAUGAAGACCUGUCUGAUUUUGGCCUUCAACAUGAUACUGAAUGGAAAUACUCUUCUCAUAAUACCAAUACCCCUUGGCACUGGGGAUUUGUUGGUGUUUACCGAAGUGGAGGGUAUAUUUUCACCUUAUCAAAAUCAAAAUCUCAAACCAAAACCAAGUUCGCGGACCUCCAACUGAACAGCUGGAUCACAAGAGGGACCAGGGUUGUCUUUAUUGAUUUUUCAUUAUACAAUGCUAAUGUAAAUUUGUUUUGCAUCAUCAGAUUGGUAGCUGAAUUCCCUGCAACUGGAGGAAUAAUUACUUCGUGGCAGUUUUACUCUGUGAAGCUCCUCAGAUAUGUUAGCUACUAUGAUUAUUUUAUUGCUUCCUGUGAAAUCAUUUUUUGCAUUUUUCUUUUUGUUUUCACAAUACAAGAGCUCAAGAAAGUGAAUGAAUUUAGGUCUGCCUAUUUCAAAAGUAUUUGGAAUUGGCUAGAAUUGCUACUUUUAUUGUUGUGUUUUGUGGCUAUUUCCUUCUACAUAUACUGUAAUUUGCAAAAUUUUAUCUUCCUUGGACAACUGUUAAAAAGUACUGAGAAAUAUCCAGAUUUCUAUUUGCUUGCAUACUGGCAAAUUUAUUACAAUAAUAUACUUGCUGUUACUAUCUUCUUUGCAUGGAUAAAGAUUUUCAAAUUCAUAAGCUUUAAUAAGACGAUGUCUCAGCUAUCAUCAACCUUGUCCCGCUGUAUGAAAGACAUAGUAGGAUUUGCCAUCAUGUUUUUCAUAAUAUUCUUUGCUUAUGCCCAGUUAGGAUUUCUUGUCUUUGGGUCACAAGUUGAUGACUUUUCCACUUUUCAGAAUUCCAUAUUUACACAAUUUCGAAUUGUUCUUGGAGAUUUUAAUUUCGCUGGCAUCCAGCAAGCCAAUUGGAUUUUGGGACCUAUUUACUUCAUCACUUUCAUCUUUUUUGUAUUCUUUGUCCUGCUGAACAUGUUCUUGGCAAUAAUUAAUGAUACCUAUUCUGAAGUGAAAGCUGAUUAUUCCAUAGGCAGAAGACCAGAUUUUGAACUUGGUAAAAUGAUUAAAAAGAGUUACCAUAAUGCUCUUGAAAAACUCAGACUGAAGAAAGCUGAAAAAGAGAAAAGCAAGAAAAUAGGCAAAACCAGUGAUUUGGCUGAGCAAGCCAGAAGAGAAGGCUUUGAUGAAAAUGAGAUUCAAAGGGCAGAGCAGAUGAAAAAGUGGAAAGAAAGACUUGAGAAAAAGUAUUAUUCUGCAGAACUUCAAGAUGACUACCAGCCUGUCACUCAACAAGAAUUUAGAGAACUCUUUUUAUAUGCUGUGGAGCUGGAGAAGGAAUUACACUACAUCAGUUUAAAACUAAACCAAGUGAUGUGAAAACUUUCAGCUCUACAAUAUUGAGACUA